UUCAUUUUCUAUUAUUAUACAUCAUCAAAGUUUUUAUUUAGAUUUUAUAUUUUUUACUUUUUUUAAGUUUCAAUAUUUUCUUCUUGCUUUUUAGAAUCUUCAAUUUGAUAUGUGAAUUAUUAAAUUUUUUAACUAAUUUCUUUAUUUACUUAUUUCAUUUUUUAUGCUUUUUUUAUUUCUUCUUGAAUUUCUAUUUCUUUUGUUUAAUUUUCUAUAUUUUUUUAUUCUAGUUCUUUCUUUAAAUUUUCAACUUAAUUUGCUAUGUCUUGAAACUUAUGUUUUUCAUAUUCCAACUAAAUGCUCUUGUCACAUGAUUAUUAUAUUAUCUAAAUAUUAUUCUGAAAUUUUUAGCACAAUUGGAAUAGUUUUUAUUACAUUUAUAUUAUAUCAUCUUCUGUUGUUUUUGGUAUUACUUCUAUUUAUUUUUUGUAUUCAGACAAUAAAGUACGCCAUUUUUCAAGCUCAACUUAUUUUCCUUCUAACUAGUUUGCAAGGGAUGUCUUUUAUAUUUUCAAGCAUUCAUUAUUAGACGCUAUUAAUUUUUUUAUUUCUUGUUUUUACUUGAGUAAAUCUGCUUCAUUUUUCAAAGUAGCUUGACUUUUUAGUAAAUUAAUUUCUUGUACUUAUUCAUCUUCUAGUUUCUUUUAUAGUCUAGAAAGUUAGUUUAAUAGAUCAGUACCGUGCUAAGAUUGCUAAAGGAAUUGUUCAUUUAAUUUUUUCUAUUCGUUUAAGAAAAAUUCAUCUGAGUUUAUGCAAGUUGUUAAAAAUGGAACAGUCUAAGUAACUGGAAAAUAUGGAGGAU